CGUGAUGUCCGAUACUCCAGACAAGGCCACGCCCUUAACGACCAAAUAUGGCAGAGUAAAACUAAUACUGUCCCUUGUAUUUUUCGCUGGCCAGGAACAAUUGUUGGAAGGCGAGUGUAAGCCCACGCGGGCCGUCGGUAGGCUACUUUUCAUUUUGAUGCUGCAACGGUUAAUAUCAACGGUCGCUGCCACCAUGCUCCGCAUGUGACCGAACGGACAGGGGAGGGGAUGUGUGUCUCGUGUAUUGUAACGUGGAACACCGAGUUCUAAGUUAACGCAACGUUAGCUGGGAGUGAGCAGCAUCAGCAGCGACCACACCGAGGAAAGAAGUCGCAGACACCUCGACCCUGUUGUAAGAUCGAAUCGCUCAGCUUUGAAGUCAGCCUCGGUGGAACAGCGCCAAGAACAAAGUAGCUAUUUGCUGUGAGAGCUUGUCAAGCCAAGGACAUUGUCAGAACAGCAGGAAAGAAGAUGAGCACCAAGAGGAAGGCUGAGAGUCACUCAAGGGCAGCGAACAGACCACGCAUCAUGAAGUCUGGCGUCUCCCAGGCUGAUUCAGAGAGAGACUCCGGCUUCUCAGAUGCAUGCUCGGAGCACAUGAGCACAAUGGACAACACAGACUCUGAGGAUUCACCCCGUCAUGUUGUACAGCAGGGAGCGCAGGCUACUGGAUCGGGGCCCCAGUCCUCCCAGCUGGCUGUGGUGGGAGGCUCCUACUCGAGUCUUUCUCCCAUGAUCAUCAUGAACAACGUCCUCCUCAAGCAGCCUACAGAUAAUCCUCCUGCUCUAAAGACCUGGGGGUUUAGUCCCACGGUGGAGGUGGUCCAGCCUGUGGUCCAGCAGCCUCAGGUGGUCUUCCUUCAGCCUGUGGUCUCUCGUCAAGCUUCCCCUGCCUCCAAAGAGGCCUCCUCUAGACACAGACGUACUAAGAAGUAUCUUCCAAUCCUGAAAUCCUACCCCAAGAUUGCUCCACAUCCUGGAGACAGCUCCAGUUCCUCAGGGAGAGGAACUGCCUCCUCAUCUUCUUCCUCCAGCAUCUCCUCUUCUUCUUCUUCUUCUUCUUCUUCUUACUCCUCCUCUUCUUUGGGGUCAAAGAGGGGUAGCAGUUUGACCUCCAACCACCGGGAACGCUGUCAGCGAGAGAAGCAGAAGAGAAAGCUGUGUGGUGGUGCUAGGAACUCUGGUUCAACCACUCCCAGUCUUCCUGCUUCCCCCAGCACCACGUCUCCUCUGCUCCAGAGCCGACUCUCUCUGCCCACAACAGAAACCAGUGCCAGCAGCAGUCCUGCCAAGGAGAGGCCUUCAUCAGCUGUCAGCCAGGCAGAGUUUUCCACCUCUCUGUCUGUUAUUCACACCACUGGCCCUCCUGCACUGACGGUCACCCAGGAGAACAGCUCAUCAGGAGAAUGUAACCACGGUGAGAGUGAUGCUGAUACAAAGCGGAAGCGCUUCUGCAACACUUACAACAUCCUUAGCCAAUCUGGCCUGCUGCACAUCGCACUCCGCACCAAGGAGCUCCUCAGGCAGAACCGGCGCACUCAGAGCGACCUAGACCGCCUAAAAGAACACACAGACCUCUUCCUUCAGGCUCUGUGUAGUGGUGACACCAGCAUCUGUGUUAGGCUGCAGGCCAGCCUUCAGGAGGAAGACCAAAAGAGUGAGAGAGAGAGCUGCUCAGACCUUCUAAAGGCAGAUUAGACCUAGACUAGUGCUAGGCAGUAAUCCUUUAGACUGAGCUGGGGAAAGGAAGGCCAGUGCUCCACAAUACACCACCACCCCCAGAAUCUGUGCUGUGGCCUACAUUUUGGCUGCCUCGGGGCCCUGACGCACCAAGCCGACCUCAAAGACUUUUCAUUGCCUCAUGUCUUCUAAAAGUAGCACUUGGAACUCAUCGUAAGGCUGUAUCUGGUGGCCAGUUGUCCGCCAAGUGCACACAUAUGUUCUGCACCUGUGUGAGAGGUAAUAGUUUAGUCAGCAGUCAGUAUUCUGUAAUCUAGGAAACAUCGUGGAAAGAGAAGCAAAGCAAACUACACUACCAUUUCUUUGCCACAGCAUUUGUGAAAAUAGCUCAGCAUUCAUAAUGCUCAGAUUGUGAAUUGAGAAAAUCAGUAGAGCCCCUUUUUAAAAAGUUUCAAAGGACACUUU